CCAAAACACCGCCGCCAGAUGUUUGUUUGCCCUGGCGCCGGUGCGCGUGCCUCGGUCGGCGAGCACUGACGAGCGGCGGAGCACUGACGAGCGGCGCGCCGCUGACUGAGCACAGGUGCUCCGCGCUCGCGGGGGUGACGGCCGGAGCACGCCAUGAGGGGGGCGCCUGGCGCCGCGGCGGUCCUGCUGCUGACGCUGCUCGUCUCAGGGCUGCACGGUGCUCCUGAUACAUGCAGGACCACGUUCGACGCAGUUGCAAGGAUCAGAGGCGAGCUGUUCUUUUUCAAGGAUCACUACUUCUGGCGGCGGGACGUGCGCGGCCACCUGAUGACGCCGGAGCCGGUGGAGGUGGACACUUUCUGGGGCGGCCUGCCCGCCCGGGCCUCCGUCGACGCCGUGUACGAGCGUCCCGACGGCAGUGUCGUCUUCUUCUGCGGUCGGUACUUCUGGGUGUUCUGGGACCGCCACGCCCUGACGGGCUACCCCCGGCCCCUGUCUGACCUGGGUCUUCCUGAGGAGACGCCGUCGGUGGACGCCGCGUUCGUCAGCGGACACACCCAGGGCACCUACCUCAUCACGGGCGGCCAGUACUGGAGGUUUAAUGAGCUGACCGAGACGGUGGAGGCCGACUCUCCACUGCCCAUCAGCCGUCUGUGCAGGGGGCUGCCGAGGAAGCUGGACGCAGCCUUCACCGACGCCGACGGUCAGACGUUCUUCGUGCAGGGUCGACACUACUGGCGUUGUGACUCACCCCGCGCCCAGGUCCGCUCGUACGCGCCAGACCUGGUGGCGCCGCGCUGGCUCGGCUGCUCGCUGGCACAGUGCUGUCUCGAAAACGUGGACGACCACAUCGACACGGAGGUGCUGUGGUCGGGCGCGCGCUCCGGCAACCUGCGUAACGCCACCGGCCCCCUGGCGGCGGUUGCGCGGGGCUUGCUGGUGGUGGCGCUAGUGGCGGUCUGGGUCGGAUCGACGCGGCUGACUGGGUCCUUGUGAGGACGCGUGAUCGCUGCACCGUGAGGACGGUGCGGUGCAUCGUUAGGGUAGGCAUGUGCAUCGUUAGGACAGGCAUGUGCAUCGUGGGGAGAGCUGCCGCAUCAUGAAGCCAGAUUUGUGCAUCAUGAGGUCAGAUUGGUGCAUCGAGAAAACUGACCGGACCGUGGACGUGUAACAGGAAGAGGCUGCAGUCUGGGAUGCCCUGGGCGGCCGGAGGCCGCUAAACCGUGUGAUCCGUGCUGGCUGGAGGAGGGUGUUGUGUUUCCACUGCGCGCGCUCUGUCUGCCCCUGAGAGUCUCACGCUAGUGUGAUCACGCUGAGUUCGCGUCGAUAGAUUUCAAGUGAAGCCCGCACAAUAACGUACCUGCGCAUUGGUCGCGGUGUUUUUGUCUCCGCAGCUGCGGGGCGGAUCAUCGGAGAGCGACAUGGAUCGAGUUGGGACAGAGUUCGCCUUGUAAGAUGUAGUCUUGUGGUGCUGCCCAAUUAAAACCUGUUUCAAAAGAAUACUACGGUGCACACCCAUUACGGAUGAUAACGAAAGAUUCGUAGCUUAAGUUAUUGCUGGCAUGUGCUUUUCAGCGGAGAAUGAGGGUAAAUGGGCACUAGCUGCGUUGGCAUUGUCAAGCAUCUCAGCGGUCGGUUUGAUAACGAAAGCAAAAGAGAAGAGGACAAAGUGAAAGAUUUGAUGAGAUAGUGAAAGUUCGAGAAUGACGUCCACCAGUUAUUGGUAUUUGGUUCCAAAAAAAGAACUGUAUGUUUUACAGAACACCGAGUUGAAAAAUUGCUUUAAGUAUUUUGUGUGUGGCGUUUUUGACACAUCAAAUGGUUAAAUGCGAAACUGCGUAUUAGGUAAAAUGCAAAGCCAAUUGGCAAAGAAGCGGAUAUGUGCCCUUUCAAGUGCUAAAUAGUCAAUUUAUUUUUGGUAAACCUAGUGAAAUGUACGCUAGUGAAAUGACACCAGUGUAAUCAUUGGGUUAUCUGUUCCUUGUAUUUGACAAAUGUCACGGAAUAUCCAGGCAAUGAAGUGAUA